CAUGGUUGAGCCACCGGCGCGCUGCACGGAAGGAGCGGCGUGUGAUCGCUAUCGUUUCCCUGGAAAUUACUCUUUGUGUGUCAUUAUGGCCUCAGAUGACAUUGCACAGCUGGCUGACAAUCUCUCCAAGACCCAAAUCGGGGAUGGAGAGUUGAGCUAUAAAGGCCUGGGACUGAAGCUGGAUACCACAGAAUCAGUGGAGGAUCUGGUCCGUAAGAUAGAGCAGUACGAGGGUCUGAGGGCUUUGCGCCUGGAGGGAAACACUGUCGGUGUGGAGGCAGCCCGAGCCAUUGCCAAGGCUUUGGAGAGCAAAGACCUGCUCCAGAGAUGCUAUUGGAGCGACAUGUUUACGGGAAGGCUGCGCUCUGAAAUCCCAACAGCUCUGAGGUCUCUGGGUAGUGCGUUAAUGAGUGCUGGGGCCAGGCUGACUGAGUUGGACCUGAGUGACAACGCCUUCGGUCCGGACGGUGUGAAGGGAAUCGAGCAGCUGCUGAAGAACCCUUCCUGCCACAGCUUGAGAGAGCUGAGGCUCAACAACUGUGGCAUGGGAAUCGGAGGAGGAAAGAUCUUGGCUGAGGCUCUGAUUGAGUGUCACAGACAGUCAUCAGCCCUCGGAGCUCCGCUCAAACUCCGAGUGUUCAUCGCAGGGAGGAAUCGCCUGGAAAACGAAGGAGCCAGUGCUCUGGCCAAUGCCUUUCAGCUCAUUGGCAGCCUGGAAGAAGUCCACAUGCCGCAGAAUGGUAUCAACCAUACAGGCGUGGUGGCGUUAGCUUCAGCCAUGCGACAUAACGCAGAGCUCCGUGUCCUCAACUUCAAUGACAACACUUUCACCAAGAAGGGAACGCUGGCCAUGGCUCAGGCGCUGAGGCAUCUAAGAAACGUCCAGGUGAUCAACUUUGGUGACUGUCUGGUCCGCUCUGAGGGAGCCAUCGCCCUCGCUGCAGUCUUGAGAGAGGGACUGCCGAUCCUCAAGGAGCUGAAUUUGUCCUUUGGUGAGAUCACCGAGGCAGCUGCGUUAGUGGUGGCUCAGGCUGUCAUGGACAAACCUCACAUGGAGAAAGUGGACCUGAACGGUAACUGUCUGGGAGAGGAAGGCUGUGAGGCUUUGAAAGAGGCUAUGGAGAACAUGGAUAAAGGAGACAUGCUGGCAUCACUCAGUGACGAUGAGGGAGAACCUGAUGACGAAGAUGAGGAAGGCGACGACGAUGAUAACGAGGAUAAUGUGAGUGACGACUGUAACGAAGACAGUGAGGACGACGGAGAAAUUGUGAAGGAAAAUGGAGUGAAGAGAAAAGAGGACAGUCCUGCUAAACUUCAGAGCCCAGAAGAAAUCAUGUCUUUCCUCAGCUGCCCCUCUGUUGAGAAGCUUCUUCAGCUCGGAGAGAUGAGGACAAACCUGCUGCAGCAGGCUGAUGCAUCUGACCCACACAAGGCUGCUGAAGUCGUCCUGAAAAUUGCUUCUUUGUACAGUGAGGAACCAGAGACGAAGACAGCCGUUCUAGAAGCUGUUGAUGAUGUGUUGAAAAAGCUCCUCUCUGGUUCAGCCCUCCAGUCAAACUGCGUCCUCUCCACCCUCCUGGUCAUGAUGGGACUCCUUAAGGGAGAGGGGAAGAUGAAGAGGGUGUCACUGGUCCCAGGUCAGCUCCUGUGUUUGGAACACGCUGUCCAGCAGGACUACUUCCUCCAGGAUCAUGUUGUGCUGCUUCGCAUCUUCAUGUCCAAGAACAGUGAAGCUCUGAAGUCCUGCGGCGCUGCAAGAGAGAGGCUGAGCUCAGCUCUGGAGAAGAGGUGCCACGACCAAUGCUGAUCCCACCAGUCAGCCACUGCCAGUACCAACACUGGAACACACACACACACACACAUACAUACGCACAUACACUGUACUGACAUUCUUUUUUUUUUUUCCAUCAACAAAACCAACAGGGAUGCUUUACACUUGAACAAGGGACUCAGACGACCACUGAUCUCCACUCCUGAUUUGUAUAUUUUAUGAAGGCACAACAAAGACUGUCCAGAAUUUCUUAAUUCUUUAUUUUUCUACUUAUGCUUGUGACUUAUAUUUUUAUAGAAAAUGUAGAUACAAAUAAUUAAAAAAAAUAGAACUACACAUCAGAUAACCGUGGGGUAAAUGUGUAAGAAAACAAAAAAAGAAAGUUAUCAAAACUUUGAGUGGAGCUAACAUUAGACAAUGUCAGUCUGGCACUUUUUGCAACAUAUCGCUUUGCAUUUAGUUUCAUAUAGUUUCAAAAUUCGUCCAUCUUUUUCCAACAAGGUUCUUACACAGCGAUAGGAAUGUCUGCAUUAACAGGUUAUUUCCAGAUAAAUAUGGAAAUUGCACAAUAAUAUCUGGCAUUGGGUUUUAUCACAGACUUCUGAUAAACACAACAACAGAUUUGCAGUGGUUUUAAAUGUGUAUUUCACAUGCUCUGAUAUCUGUUGUAUUGAAAAUGUGGUUGAAAUGAUAAGGCCAAGACAACUAUACAUAUAAACCAUACAGAAUAAAGACAUACAGUCUAUAGAUCAUGAUAAAUGAGUCAGCAGUAAAGAGCUGACUUUAUUGUUCCGUUUUAGUGAUCGGCUGCUUCACAUGCUGUUUUGUCUGUUGUUAUUUUUGUGACAUUGCUUAUUUGAGAAAUUCCACGGUGGAGGGAAAGAAGACAAACGUCUCGGACAGUUUGUCCAAUCACAAUCAUCAUACUGCUGCUCGUGAGGUCCAGUCAAGUCAGAGCACUGUGUGCAGCAGACUGUGAUCAGGAAUGGGCCGCACCACAUACUCACCCAUGAAGCUGAAUACACAGCGGGUGUGUGUGUGUGUGUGUGUAUUGUCCUGCACUGAGCACAGCCAUAGCACAGAGAGCAGAGCUCAGGGGACCACAGUCACUUUUACCUGAUGUUUCUUUUCUUUUUCCUUGAUCCAUAAUCUACCUUACUGGAAAAUGUGCUCUUAUAUGACUUUGUUGCGCACAUUGAGUGUUACCUCAUAUAGCUGUUUUAUGUGCUGGUGAUGUGAUAGAGCAUUUAAGGGAAAUAGGAUGUGAAUGGAAUCCACUUUAAUGGCAUUUAGAUAAUAACCUCAAUAACAUUAGACUGUGUGUGGACUGGAUUUAUCCUGUCAGGAUAACGCUUGUUUACCCGACAUGCUGUUCAUUUGAAUUCCACUGUCUUAAAUAUAACAAAUCUAACAAACCUGA